AUGAGGGUAUUUGUCAACAGAGUUGAGGCUGCUUUUAAUGACCCUGACCGAACAAAAUUCAAUAAAGGCGAGUUUUGGCUUGACGCAAGAAAAUCGAGUUUCUUCAACCAUCCGAACUAUACAAGCGGACCAGAAAAGGCUGACAUUUGCUUGAUCAAAUUCGACAAGAGUAUUCAUGAAGAAGGCAACGGAGUUACCCGAGAAAUCUGCCUUGCGAAGGACUAUCCCAAGCACGGUAUGGCAUGUUGGGUCGGAGGUUUUGGAGGUUUUGGGAGUGGAGGUCCAUCAUCAAAGGUGUUCAAAAGCGUCGGAGUAUCAAUCAUGUCCCAACAAUACUGCAAUGAAAAAUCUAACUAUCCUGAUUCCAAGUAUAAGUACAAAAUUGAUACAUACGAUAUUUGUGCUGGUCUCCCAGAUGAAGACUAUGACGGCUGGACCGAUGGAACAGAAAUCAAUAAUGUUUGGGACUAUGAAGAUUCUAUCCAAUUGAAUGAGGAAUUAAUGAUGCCCGGAAUUGCUUUGCUGUCCGUCUCUGCUGAUAAACCGAAUCAAGAUAAGAGAUGUCAAGAUUUUAACUUGGGAGAGCGUUGUGUUUCUGCAUGCGAGGGUACCCUUUUCGAUUGCCAACAAAAUUGCGAAAACGAUUACACCUGCGAGACUCGAUGUCAGGCAACACACUUGGACUGCGUCAAUUCCUGUCCUUGUGGAAUCAACUGCCCUGAUGGAUGCAACGGCGAUGAUGAUUUCUGCUCUGCGAAUGAGUUCUGCUCUUAUACAGAUAUUCUAGUGCUGAACCACAAGCAAACUUUUCAAGAUAAAGGGCUUGUGAUCAACAAAUUCAACGAUCAGUCCGAAGUUAGAUUUUUCCAAUACAACUUCGUCGAUCUUGAAGAUUCUUGCUCGAUUACUUUCCGCGGCGAAACCUAUUUCCUAGGCGGUUAUAAUCGGACGCGCCAAGUCGCAAAGAUUGAAAACUGCGAAAUCGUAGUCCAGAAUGAAAUUCUCAGCAUUCCACACACAGACGGUGUUUUCGGAUCGUGUGCUCAGUAUAAAGAAUCAGUCGCUCUGUGCUUCAACAGUGAUGAACAGGAGCACAAAGGUUGCUUCACUUGGCAGCCUGGACAGGCUCAAACGGAGCUUCCUUUCUCUCAGCAUCCUCACGAAUGGGCAGACAUGGUCAACUUCAAGAACGAGCUUGUAACCGUUGGCGGCUGUGGAGCGGACAUCUUCAAUACUUGCCACAGCGAGACGGAGUUUAUGAACGAUGAUGGCUGGCGAAGCGGGCCAAAUCUCAAUCCUAAUCUCGAUACAGCCCCGUAUCAAUACAUCAGAAGUCAAGUGAUGACUGCGGAUCAAGAAGCGGUCUAUAUCCUUGCCGGAAAGACCUACGCUGGUGGCAGGCCUCCAGUUCUCCGAUUGAAGGACAACAAGUGGGAAAACAUCGGAAAACUCAACGAAGCUUCCUACACAACCAACUACGUCACAUCAGCGAUUCAAUCCGGCUUCACAUGGUACUCUGGCUGCUGCUCGCUGGAGAAAACGACGUUCACAGGGGGCGUUUUUGAGACGGAAACGCUCUUUGAUACGGAACCAGAAGACUGCCCAAUGGAACUGUACUAUGCUCAUUUCCUUGAAGUCCCUGUUGGAUACUGUCAACAAUAA